CACGCCCCAGUGAACUAGAAGCAAUCACCAUGACCUCCAAACGCAACUUCUUUGGCAAGGGCUCCGUCGAGGUUACCACAGAGGACGGCAGCCUGGUUCGACGCCUGGCAAUUACUGCUGACAACCUUGUAACUCAACCAUUCGAGGGCAUCGACAUCAUUCCCGAUGUCAUUGACUACGGCGCACGAACGCAUGGCACAAGAGAUGCUAUGGGUUGGCGCGAUAUUGUCGAUAUUCACGAGGAAGCGAAGGAAGUAAAGAAGAUGGUCAAUGGAAAGGAAGUCACCGAGAAGAAGACCUGGAAAUAUUUCCAGCUCAGUGACUACAAGUACCUCAGUUUCCUGGAUGUCCAAGAGCGAGUUUCGGCUCUUGCGCGUGGUCUUCUUCACAAUCAGAUCAUGAGGGAAGACAUAUUCAACAUCUAUGCUCAGACGAGUGUAAAUUGGCAACUCAUGUCUCAUGCAUGCACAACUAUUGGAAUUCCUGUGGCCACGGCUUACGAUACCCUUGGCGAAUCUGGACUCACGCACUCAUUGAACGAGCCAAACUGCGUUGGUGUUUUCACUAAUGCCGAACUCCUCGUGACCCUCAAGAAUGUGCUGCCUAAUACCCCAUCAGUGAGGUUCAUAGUCUAUGACGGUGACGCCAACGUUAGGGAAAACGUAGUCAUUCUCUCCAUUGACCAACUGCGUGAGGUUGGCGCGGCGCAAUCUAUGGACGGUCUGAAGGAGAGAAGGCCAUCUCGGGACGACAUGGCCCUGAUUAUGUAUACCAGUGGCACUACGGGGGCUCCUAAGGGCGUGGUGCUCACUCAUGGCAACGUCAUUGCCUCCGUUGGUGCCGUUUACAAGCUCCUUGGCCACCACCUCACCAACGACGACACUUUCCUGGGGUAUCUCCCCCUUGCCCACAUUCUUGAAUACAUCGUCGAGCUUAUCAUAUUCUUCGUUGGCAUGAAGACAGGCUACGGCCGGGUCAAGACCCUUACAGAUGCAUCCGUGCGCCACUGCAAGGGCGACAUUGUUACGUUCCGCCCCAGCAUCAUGGUUGGCGUACCUGCUGUGUGGGAGCAGAUCCGUAAGGGGAUUAUCAGCAAGGUUAACGCUAGCGGCUCCUUGAAGAAGACUAUAUUCAACGGAGCGAUGGCGGCCAAGAAGGCUGAUGUCCCUGGUCUUAGCCAGCUGGCUGAUGCUGCUGUACUCAAUAGCAUCAAGCAAGCUACCGGAGGACGGCUCCGUCUCGCGUUGAGCGGCGGUGCUGCUCUUAGCAAAGAAACUCAGGAGUUCUUGUCCGUUGCACUCGUCACCAUGCUCCAAGGUUACGGUAUGACCGAGUCUUGUGGGAUGUGCGCCAUCUUGCCCCCUGAGCUCAUGCAAUAUCGCUCAGUUGGACUGCCUGUUCCUUCGGCCGAAAUCAAGCUCCUGGAUGUCCCUGAAGCAGGCUACAAGUCGACUAACAAUCCUCCCCAGGGGGAAGUUUGUAUCAGGGGUCCGUCAGUCACCAAAGGAUACUACAAGCGGGACGACCUCAACAAUGAUGAGUCGAUCUUCACCAAGGAUGGCUGGCUUAGGACUGGUGAUGUCGGACAGUGGAAUGCCGAUGGAACUCUUUCUCUGAUCGACAGGAUUAAGAAUCUUAUCAAGUUACAGGGUGGCGAGUACAUAGCCCUUGAACAACUUGAAUCAAUCUACAAGUCAUGCAACCUCGUGGCAAACAUAUGUGUAUAUGCAGAUGCUGAAGCCAAACAACCCAUUGGUAUCAUCAUCCCUCACGAGGUCAAUCUGCGCCACGCUCUCGAAGCCAAGUCCGUCCCUGUAGAUGCGAGUGCACAGUUAUCGGAUCUGUGCGCAAAGAAAGCGGUACAGGAUCUCGUCCUCAAGGAGUGCAAUGCUAUCGGGAAAAAGAAUGGCUUCAAACCGAUGGAGAUUCUAGAAGCUGUUGUUCUGACGGCAGAUGAGUGGACACCUGAAAGCGGCCUCGUUACCGCAGCACAGAAGGUGCAACGCUCCAAGGUUGCGAAGAAGUUUGAGAAGGAGAUUAAGGUGGGUUUCAACCUUUUUGCUUUUCGCUUUCCAUUGACGACGGCUACUCAUAAUAGGCAGCUUAUACUGCCUAAUGAUUGUAGUUCAGUCGGCCAACCACAUUGUACUUGUUUGUUAAUUUCUCGAUUCUUCGACAAUCUAUAUAUUGUACACUUUGUAUGUCUUAGUCGGGCUCUUAGGAUGAUUAGCGCUGCUUGCUCCACACGGUCCAAUGUUCGGUUCCACGGAUUUUGUUGAGCAGCGAGGGCUAUGAAUAGUGUGAGUAGCGUUGGCUGC